AUGAGGAUCUUCCCUCUCUGUUUCUUGUCAUCUCGUACCACAAGCCGAGCCACAGCAGCGGCAUAUCAUGCCCAUCGCUGCUUUGCUUCUACCAGUACUAGCGUGGACGAAAGCGAUUGUCGGCAUUUCCCGAUUCGAGUGCUGGACCACAUGGACGGAGCGGACUGGGACAAUCGCAUAGCAUUACAGGCCAAGUGGACCAACGAAGAAAAGGGUUGGCAAGUCGGAGUCGAAUGGAAGCAUACACCCUUUGGUGUGGGAUUGUUUGCCACGGACGACAUUGCCGAAGGAACCAUUUUGCGCAUUGGUCAAAACGGGCAUAAUCUGAUGCAGUUUCAGAGCAUCCAAGAUAUUGAAGAAUUUUGUCGUCACCCAGAAGAUUAUCCAGCACGUUUACGUUAUGUUUCCGACUAUCUGUGGGGAUUUAGUUGGCAAAACACGGAUGCCCAAGGCUACGACCUACCCGACGACACUUCUUCUGUCGAGGAUCGAUUCAUGGGCAUGUGGGUUCCCGGAAAUGGUUUGAACCACAAUUUGGUUCCCAACACGGUCUAUCGGACACGAAAGGGUGGGACCCAAGAAGGAAUAGUAUUGGUGGCCCUGUGUGAUGUCGCAGCCGGGGACGAGCUGUUUGAUGAUUAUCGAAGACACGGACGAGCCCCCGAGUGGCUGAAAGAGUUUGCACGGGAAAAGCAGGUUUCUCUCAAUUUUGCAGAGUGCAAUGAUUUUGUAGUAGAUCCAUCAAGUUAG